AUGUUGGCGGCCACGGCCACAGCCCUCGCGGCCUUCACCUCCACGGCCCAAGCCGCGACCUCAGCCGCGGAAGCGUUGGCCAUGGCUCAGAAACUAUACCCUGAAUGCGCACUCGUCUGUCUCACCAAGCUUGUCCCGACGUCGGGUUGCCAGCUCACGGACACUGCGUGUCUUUGCACCAACGAGGAGCUCAACGCCAACCUCUCCGUCUGCGUGUUGCAGGGAUGUAACUACGAGGAUGCCCUCAAAACCAAGAAUGGCUCGGCGACCAUGUGCGGGCUGCCUGUGCGAGAUGACACGAUGAAGUCUCCUCUCGUUGCGGGUGUAGGAUUUGGCCUGGCUCUCAUCGUUUACAUCCUUCGCAUGUGCUCUGCCCUGCCUGGAUGCAACAGAGAACUCAGCUGGGACGACUGGACCAUCACUGCUUGCGUUCUUCUGACGAUCCCACCAACCGUCUUUGCCUUCGCACUGUCUGCAAAUGGUCUGGGAAAGGACAUCUGGACUCUGCCCCUCAAGAACGUCGAGAACUUCUACUUCCUCGGUGAACUCUUCUACUUCCUCGCCCAGGCGAUGAACAAGGUCUCCAUCCUCCUCUUCCUGCACCGCAUCUUCCAGCACAACAGCCUCGGCAAGGCCAUCUGGGUCACAAUCGGCUUCACCCUAGCCUACGCCGCCGCCUUCUUCUUCGCCACGCUCUUCCAGUGCUGGCCCAUCAACCACGCCUGGCUGCAGCUCGAGUCGGACCACCUAGGCCGCUGCAACAACAUUCAUCUCCAGGGGUGGUUGAGCGCUGCCUUUAACAUCGCGCUGGAUAUCGUCAUCCUGGCGCUCCCCUUGCAUCAGCUCUACCAGCUGCAGAUGCCCCUGAAGAAGAAGCUCAUGGUCAUGGUUGUAUUCUCCAUGGGUAUAUUCGUCACCCUCGCCAGCGUAAUCCGCCUCCGCACCCUCGUCGUCUUCGCAAACUCGACAAACAUUACAUACAACUACGUCGACGCCGCCUACUGGAGCACAAUCGAGCUCUACGCUGGUAUUAUCACCGCCUCUUUACCAGCGGUCUACAAGUUUCUCUCCAGUGCCCUGUCCCAGAACGCCGCCUGGUCAGCCGUCAAGUCCAAGCUGUCCGGCGCGUCGUCGAGCUCGGGGGGUACCGGCAACUCGCACUCGGCGGUGGCGACUGGGUCUAGCGGCCUUAAUCGUCGGCUUACGCCAAAGAGGUCUGAGGCUGAGUUUGUGCUGUUGACGGAUGUGGAGAGCGGGAAGAGUCAGAGGUGGGAUUAG